AGUGGUUGCGUGACUCCGCUGGCUUUGGAAAUACGAGAGGAAUUGGGGGGGAGAUAUUCCUGCCUGUCAUAUUUACCUACAUUAUUCCAGGUUAAAGCAGCAUGCAGAAGCACAGAAGAAAAAAGAAUAAAAAUAUGACGCCCAAGAAAUGAAAGGCGUCGGAGAAAGAAUUAAAAUUUAAGCUACGCAAACCAUCCUUCGCGGCACGUCUGACCAUCAUUCCGUGCUUUCCAUCCCAAAUUGGUUGUGGGGAACAGUGUGUUGGCUUGCAAGGGCCAGGCUGGCCUCUCUCUUCGGCAUGGACCAGGCGACCUCUGGUACUGGGAACGAAUUUUUCCAGUAUACAGCACCUAAAACAGCCCAAGAAAAAUCUACCGGCCGCAGGUGCGGGGCCCCCAACGCAGAAGCCUCCUCCGCCUGCGGGAGCACCCUCCGUCUUCGUAGCCACGGCCGUUCACGCCUAUCGGUUCACAAACGGGACCUACGUGAAACAAGGCAAAUACGGAGCAGCUGUGGUGGGAUGCCACACCACCCAGGAGUACAGGAUCCUGCUUUAUAUCAACCAGCAGCAGCAGAUCACCAGCACAAGAAUACACCCAGGCUUCGUAUUCACGAUCCAACCCAACAACUAUGGAACAUUUAUGAUGAUCAGAGGCAAAACUGGUCCCUCAUGUUUGAAUCUGAGAAAGCAGCCGUGGAGUUCGGCAAGCAGCUCUGCCUCGCCAAGUAUAACAGCAACCCUUCCCCUGAUUCGGUGGCGUGCCAGGACCUCAUCCUCGGAGACGGCCCAGCUGUGGAAAUGGGCGACGCGCUCGAAGUUGCCUUCACCGGCUGGCUCUUCCAGAACUCUGCUCUGGGGCAGGUGUUCGACUCCAACGUGAACAAGGAGAAACUCCUCCGUCUGAAGCUGGGCUCUGGCAAAGUCAUCAAGGGCUGGGAAGAAGGGAUGCUUGGUUUGAAGAGAGGAAGCAAGCGUUUCCUAGUUGUCCCUCCGGCCUUGGCUUAUGGGUCCCAGGGAGUGGCGAAUCGUGUUCCUCCGGACUCCACGCUGGCCUUUGAGGUGGAAGUCAAGAGGGUGAGAUUGGCCAAGGAGGCUGCUUCAAAUGGGCAGAAUGUGGCCCCCAGGGACUCCCUCGCGCCCUCUCCAGGCCCAAACACUGAACAUCUCAGCACCGACCCUGCAGGGUUGCCUCCCACCACGCUACCACCGAAGCCUGGGGAGCCAGCUUUGCGGGCCAAAUCCAACUCCCUCAGUGAACAACUAGCGAACCCCGACGUGGCGAAAGCAAAGCUGAUUUCACGAAUGGCGAAGAUGGGUCAACCUAUGCUGCCUUUCCUAUCCGGUUCGGCUCCGGCCCAGCUGGACUCAAGCGAUUCGGAGAUCGAGGACCCCAACACCUUGCGACAAGCUGCUCAUCCCGUCACCUCUUCUCCGCUGAAACCAUCCUCCCCAGCUGCUCUUCCUCAGAUAGCAGCCCAAGGGCCCCAGGUAUCUGCGCCUGGACUCCACGUGUCCUCGGCCGCUGUGAUGCCUGCGGCCUUGCAUCCACACCCAGCGCUUUCUGGGUCCACUCAGAGUCUUCAGGCCUAUACAGGGAUGAACUACGCCUACCCACAAGGCCCUGCGGCAGCUUCCCAGCUCCAGCCUAUUGGGGCCAUCUUUCCGGCUCCUUUCCAAGCAGCCGGUGAUAUUGGUUCUUUCUUAAUGACGGAAGCACGGCAACAGAACACCGAAAUCCGCCUGUCGGUGGGCAAAGUGGCUGACAAAAUAGACCAGCUAACGGCCAAGGUGGAGGAGCUGCACAAGCAGAAUUCUACCCAAAGCUUGUUACCAGGUCUCUCCUCUGUGACAAUGGAGACAACUAUGAUUAUGACCAACAUCCAGCGCAUCGUCCAGGAGAACGAGAGGCUGAAGCAAGAGGUCUUCGAGAAGAGCGGUCGCAUCGAGGAACAGAACGAGAAGAUCAGUGAACUGAUCCAGCGAAAUCAGAGACACGUGGAGCAAAGCAACCUGUUCAUGGAGGAAAGGAACAAUUCUCUGCAAAUGAACACCGAACAUUCUCAAGCCAGAGUGUUACACGCCGAGCAAGAAAAGGUUAAGGUUGCUGAGGAACUGGCAACGGCUACGGCCCAGAUCUCCCGGCUUCAGCUGGAGCUGACCAGCCACCAGAAGAAGGAGAUGGACCUUCGCUCCCAACUCAACGCUGCCCUGAAGGAAGCCGAGAGGCAUGCUGCCCAGCUUAAUCAGUUGCAGGCCCAGCUGGCAGAACUUCAGGAGUCAUCCGAAGAGGCCAAGAAUAAAUUCCAGGUGGAGAAGCAGAGCCGUAAGCAGCUGGAUGGGAAGCUGGCUGCUUUGGAGGAAGAGCUGGCUGAUCUACGAGUGGAGAAAGAGAACUUGGAAAAAAAUCUUUCCGAAAGAAAGAAGAAAUCCCUCCUUGAGAGAAAACAGGCCGAAGAAGAGGCAGAUGAGAUUCGCAGGUCUUACCAGGAAGAGAUGGACCAACUCCGGCAGCUUCUGAAAAAGUCGCGGGCAUCGUCCAACAACGUUGCUUCGGAGCAGUUUUCCCUUCUGCAGGCCGAGCUGGAGUCCCAGUGGGAAGCCAAAUGCGAGCGUCUGCUGAGCUCGGCCAAGGAGCAACACGCCCGUCAGUUCCAGGAAGUGUGCGAGCAACGGGAUGACCAGCAGAAGAUGAUCUCCCAACUGGAAGAGAAGAUUUCUCUGCUCAAGGCCAGCAGAAGCUCGGAGGACCAAAAAUCCACAGAGCUGCAGGAUCGAGUAGAAGAACUAGAGACAGUUAAAGGCAAGUGUGCGGCCUUGCAGUCCCAGCUGGCAGACCUCACCGCCCAUUAUGAAGACCGGAUCCAAGAGCUCAGUAAGAUCAUCAAUAGCGCCCCACCGACAGCUUCAGCCGAAGAGGUGAAAAAAAUCAUGAACGGGGUCUUCCAUUCCCUCCGAGGCCAAUUUGAGUUGGAGGAGUCCUACACUGGAAGGAUCGUUCUCGGGGUAGUUAUGAGCACCAUCAAGGCAAUAACUCUGCAGCUGCUGGAAAGGUCUGAAGAGCGUAGCCACGAAGAGCAGGGACCACAGCAGAGAGCAAGCCCAGUGGCCCUUGCCCGAGAUCAGCCAGGCAGUCCUGAUGAGACGCCGGCGGUGGCAUCUCCUGUACCUUCAGACCAUCUAGAGGAAGACCCAAACAACUCUACUCUCUCUUCAGAAGGAAGUCAAAGCAAGCAGGAACAGGAAACCCAUCAUUCAGACACGCCUGCUGAGUUGACCCCGGCAUCCUCGAAUCCUGUCACACAAUCUUCAGAGGUGGAGAAUAAGGAAGGGGUUGUGUCUUCUGGACCAACAGAAGCGCAUGCUUUAGAUGUUGGCGGUGCUGUUGAGGACACAUCCGCAGAUCCCGUUCCCUUGAAGCCAUCAGCUGAGGAAGCUGUGCCUACACUGGACCCAGAAAGAGAAGAGGACACUUGCCCAGAUGUUCCUAACCAAAAUCCAACCUCCUUGAGCCUUCCUUCAACAGAUGAGAAAGUCCAAACUGGGGAGAUGCCACCACCGGCACCCAUCUCUCUGAAUGAGGAUUCCAGCACCUCUGAGGAUAAAGCCAAUGUGAUGAAAGCAACCAACUGUAAGCUGCCUUCAUCAGGAGGUCCGCUGGAAGAGGAAGAGGAUGAUGAAGAACUGAGCUUUAAGGGACGGCCUCCCCCGACCCCGCUCUUCGAGGACGACGAAGACGACGAUGAUCUGGACUGGCUGGGAUGAGCAACGGAUGAAAGCUUGGAAGGAGACUUGCUUACGACGGAGAUAUUUUGCUUGAUUGUUUUGCACAGAGGGGGGGCCUUGGGAACUGGCUGGCACGCGGGCCACCUCCGCAAGAUUCUGGGAUUGCCCCUUGUGCACCUGGGGAGUGGGCCUUGAAUGCCAGAGGUUUCUCUCCCUGCACUGAAGCACAUAAACAAGCCCUUUUCUACAUUAACCUCUGAAAUUCAGGCCCCUGCUCUUUUCUUUGCAAGCGAGAACGUCUUCACGGAGGGACAAGAGGAGCUGAAAUGGUCCUUUUCGUGCAGCGCCAGGUUCCUUCUGGGAUGCACAUGUGAGAAUCCCGAAUUUUAUAUAUAUAUAUUUUUCCCUUCCUACCCAACCUAUCUCCCCAUCGGUGCUUUUGAGGAUUCCCUGCUCACUAAUAUGCCUACACGAGGGUUUUAAAUGGCUAGCCAGGAGCCUCUUUUUCUACAAGUCCAGGGAAAAAGAAAGAAAAGAAAGAAAGAAAGAAAGAAAGAAAGAAAGAAAGAAAGAAAGAAAGAAAGAGAAUAAUAAGAAUAAGAAUAAUAAGAAUCAGUCGCUGGAGUUUUUGCAAGACAGAAAAACAGCAGGAUAAAAACAGCCCAAGGACCAAGAGACAGUUUUUAGCAACGGAGGAAUGAAUAGAUUCAGGCUUUUAAUUUUCGGGCGAUUUUUCCAUCCAGUUCUCCUAUUUCUCUAAUAACCUGAAGGAGCAUCUGCGUGUCGAGCAACUCCUGCCUUAUUGGUGAGAUGGAUUCUUUUUUUUUCCGGUGGGCCAGCUUCUCCACGUUUCGGUCCUUGUCUGGGUCAAAACGGCGACGAUAGGAGCGGCUCCUUCAUCCCUAUGCAAUUUUAUCUCCCUUUCCCAAAAACUUUCGGUCUGGAGUUCUUUUCUUGCAGCCUUUUCUUAGGGUUCAGUGUCCCCCACCCCCCCUUUUUUUUAAGCAGGUGGUGAGAGAGACCUUGUCAUAUUCCCAACCGAAGGGGAUAGCCAUCCUUUCUAACUCUGCUGGGAUGUCAUUUGCUCGUGAAGGGGAUUCGCCCCCCAAAAAGUGAAAAAGACUCUUCAGCAUUUAAGGGGAAGGGGCUACCUGGAGCAGGAGUGUCUGUUCUGUUUCUAAUAGGUUCAAUACGUCAGAUCUGUGGCUGACAGGCACCCUAAAUGUUUGAAAAAAAGGGGGUGUCCCCAUAAGCCUUUUUUUAUGUAAGGGUUGGUUGUUUUGAGUAGAAGGCAAAGCAGAUUAACUGAGCCUUCGCUCUAGCAAGUCUUGUUUUAGAAGGAAGCAAUGGGAAAUUUUCUUUCUCAUCAACACAGCCCGUAGAAGGAAACACCGAUUGGGGGAGAGGGGGGUCUUUGGGGAUGAACACCUCUCCCCUCCCCAAAACUCCCAUUUCUCUGCCCUCCUCCUCCUCCCCCGAAAUCUUCCAUCUUCUUUUGCAUCGUCUGCUGUUGUCUUUACAACUUUGCCUCACGUCGGUUGAGGAUUUUCCUCUUCGGAUGCAGAACGUAGCACUAACUCUGUUGGACCAAAUUUCCCAACUUUGUGUCUUUCAUUCUUUUUCUUUCUUUUUUUUGGGGGGUGGUGGGGUCGGGGAUGGAGGGUGGGAAGAAUCACAAAUAAAAGUGCAAUUAAAGGAAAUGAAAUCGCCACUC